AUGUCUGGCACUUCGCAGAAUCAAAUCUGGUCUUUGCCACCUCAGAACCAGCAGUCGUACCCAUCCUUCCACCCAUAUGGUCUACGAUGUACCUCUACUGGCCGCAAAUGCGACGGGUACGAGCUACCUGCUAAGGAGCAGGUAAUCAGCAAGGUGAAGGCAGACGACGGUCCACCAUCUGCAUCGCCACAAGACAGUGUGGAAGUUAAUGGUCGGUGCCCACAAGCACAUCAAGUAUCUGUACCUUCUCUGGCUGUGCAGUCGAUCAACAGGGCUUUCGAAGGCACGACUCAAGAACGACGAGCAUUCCAUCGAUUUCAACUUCGAACAGUCCCUGUUUUUGCUGGAGGGUCUGAGACCGAGUUCUGGACCCAGUUCGUCCUUCGAGCAGCAGCUUCCGAGGAAGUGAUCCGAGAAGCACUCAUCGCUCUUGGAAAUCUGCACGAAGAAUACGAGGACUGUAACGGCAAAUACGAUCAAGCUGCAGUCGCGUCGCCUGCUUACAACAACGCAGCCUCGCUGUAUGGUCGGGCCAUUGGAAAGCUCUAUCGAAGGCUUGACACGGUAUCCGGCGAGACAGUCAAUCUUGCCAUUAUAGCCAGCAUUCUUUUUGCUUGCUUCGAGGUUCUUCGACGGAACAACAUGGCAGCAGUUAUACAUUACCAGAAUGGAAUGCGACAGCUGAUGAAACAAAUACACGAGCGCAGCCAACGUCAGAUGGAAGAACCUGUGUCGUCAAAGGAUAAAAAUGCAUUGGUCAGAUCGGCACCGCAGGAUGAUUUGGAUGUAAUGUUGCGUGUAUUUGCCCGGUACGAUAUUCAGGCGUGCACUUUCUCGAAACCGAAAGUCGAAGCAUUGAGCAUAGAACUCUCAGCAGUACCACCGAAUGACAUCGGCUUGCUGGAAGUGCGGCGGUACCUGGAUAACUUGCUCAUGGCAGUUUAUCAACUCUUGAAAUCUGAUCUCGGCAUGUUUCGAUAUUGGAGGUCGGGUCAAGUAUCGCCUACAUGGAUUGAGAAACGCGACAAUGCACUUUCAACGUUUCAAGGUUGGCUAGAUGCUUUGGAACUGUCGAUUCCAUCAGAUGCAGUGACCUUACAAAAUCACGGCAUUGUGGCUUCCAAGAGCAUACUCGGACUCGUUCUGCAGGUCAGAAUUGCAAUGAUUAUGCUGCGAACAUGCAUAGAUUGUGGACCUGAAAGCACCUACGAUCAGUUUACGCCUGAAUUUGACGAAAUGGUCAAGAGGGUUGAGAAUCUAACCACGAUUCUCUGCUUCAAAGAGGCCGCGCCUCUGGACCAGGAAUUUAUACCGUUCAGCAUGGAGCUCGGAGUUGUUCACCCUCUGUUCUUCAUUGCAUGGAAAUGCAGGGAGCCUAGUACCAGACGAAGAGCAAUCUCUGAGCUGAAGAAGUGUGGCAAGGAGGGAGUCUGGGAGGGGCCGAUAAUGGCUGUCAUGGCAGAAAGAAUUGCGGCAAUCGAGGAGGAGGGAGUCGAGCCUGGCAUCAUUGUGCCGGAAGGACAACGCAUCCACGAGAUUCGCAAGUCUGUAGAGUAUGAUAAACGCAUCAUCAACGCUGAGAUGAAGUUGGCGCAGGAUUCAAGCUGGAAGAAUUGGACAAUACUGCGCGAAGGAAUACCAUUUUAA